AUGUCUGAUGGUUACAGCGUGUUUCUUACUGUGAUGCCAAAGUAUCCAGUGUGGCGGUUGUUCAUUGACCAAAUCACAUCCACAGCACGACUUGCAGAUUUCUUUCGUGAGAGGAGCGGUCGCAUCCGCAGAUUCAGGCUGCUGUUGCUGUCCUACCACACGCAUGUCGUCUUCCUUUGUCGCCUUACUUUGACAUUACUUAGGGGUUUUGUGGCUCUACAUCGCCGUCAUUUUGUUCAACGUACCGUGUGGGUCAAAGCCAGGACAGAGACAUGGUGGACAAACGUAGUCUGUAGGAACUGGAGUGAACAUUUCUCGUCGCAACACACUCGAUUUCGUGACCCUGUGUCGGUAAGCAAACGUGUCGCUGUCUGUCUCUGGAGGUUGGUGGGGAAUUCUGAAUUCCGUACAGUUUCUCGCCUGUUUGGGAUUGGUCGUUCAACUGCUUGUACAAUAAAGAAUCAAGUAUGCAGAGCUAUUGUGCGCCAGUUGUUGAAACUUUAUGUUCGCUUACCCAGCGGAAACCGACUGGCAAGUGUAAUUGUUAAGUUUCAGCAACAGCAGGGAUUUCUCCAAGUUGGGGGUGCGAUCGAUGGCACACAUAUUGCAAUGAAAUGUCCUUCUGACUAUUCGGACAAGUGCUGCAAUCGAAAUCAUUUUCAUUCGGUUAUUCUACAAGCUGUAGUUGACUCUUUCCGGUACUUUACUGAUAUCUCUGUUGGAUGGCCUGGAAGAGUCCAUGAUGCCAGGGUAUUGUGCAAUAGUAAGUUGUAUCAGAAAGCUGAGCGUUUUAGGACAUGCUUUGCUGAUGGUCAACCUGUAAACAUCAAUGGAGUAAUGGUAUCAGUUCUUGUCAUUGGAGAUCCAGCUUAUCCUCUACUUCCAUGA